CCGAAAGUAGAAAUACGUUGUGUUGUGAUAUUGGCUUUUGCAAUUGGUUGCAUCACCAUGUCUGAGAUAGCUCUACUUACAGCGCGAGCGGAACAAUCGGAAACAGAAAUUAGGCAUUUAGAGGAAGAGAUUAAAUGCCUGCAAGAUCCACAGCGUAUGUUAGCAGAUGGAAUUAUAUCCCCGGAACUAGAAAAACUGAGGACAGAAAACUCCAAGCUAAAAUAUCAAAUCAACCAUUUGAAACGGAGUGUAGCUGCGGAGAAGAAGAAGAAACCUGAGAACAUGCUAAGUAUUGGAAUCAUCAUGGAGGAGUUGUUUGGCCUGGCUAUACGUCAUGCCUACCCAGACCUCAACGACAUCCCUGUCAUGAUACAGGGCAGCUCAAAGUUUGCUGACUAUCAGUGUAAUAGUGCCAUGGUCAUAUGUGCGAAAUUAAAAGCACAAGGCACAAAGUGUCCUCCAAAGGAAAUAGCCCAAAAUAUUGUAUCUCAUCUGCCAGAGUCCGAGUACAUUUCCACGGUGGAAGUUGCACCAAAUGGUUUCAUCAACAUUAACCUCAGCAAAGAUUUUGUGUCAAGUCAGAUCAGUAGUGUACUCCAAAAUGGGCCCACUCCUCCAAACAUUGGUCUCAGAAAACGCAUCGUGGUAGACUUCUCCUCACCGAAUAUUGCCAAGGAGAUGCAUGUGGGACAUUUGAGGUCGACCAUUAUUGGGGAAAGUCUUUGUCGUCUGCUUGAGUGGGUUGGACAUGACGUUCUGCGUUUGAAUCACUUAGGUGAUUGGGGAACACAAUUUGGUAUGCUAAUAGCCCACCUCAAGGACAAGUUUCCUAACUAUUUGUCUGUGUCUCCUCCAAUCAAGGAUCUACAAGAAUUCUACAAGGAGUCAAAGGUGCGUUUUGAUGAGGAUGAGGAAUUUAAAAAGCGAGCCUAUGAGGCAGUGGUAAAACUGCAGAAUGGUGAUGAGGCUCACCGUAAAGGAUGGAAUCUUAUCUGUGAUGUUUCCAGGCAAGAGUUUCAAAAAGUGUAUCAACGUCUGGGUGUCUCCAUUGUGGAGCGAGGAGAAUCUUUUUAUCAGCCAUUGAUGGGGGACAUUGUGAAAGAACUUGAAGAAAAUGACCACCUGAUACUUGAAGAAGGGCGGAAGGUGAUGUUUACACCAGGGGCUCCAGCUCCUCUCACUGUUGUUAAGUCUGAUGGGGGAUUCACCUAUGCCACUUCUGACCUCACUGCCAUCAAACAUCGCCUCCAUGUGGAAAAGGGUGACUGGCUCCUCUAUGUUGUGGAUGCUGGACAGAACCUCCACCUUCAGUCCAUCUUCGAUGCAGGAGUUAUGGCAGGCUGGUAUGAUCCUAAACAAGUGCGUGUGGAGCAUGUCAUGUUUGGUGUGGUCCUUGGAGAAGACAAGAAAAAGUUUAAAACUCGUUCAGGUGAGGUAGUUCGGCUAGUGGAUCUAUUAGACGAAGGAGUGAAGCGAGCAGAAAUGAAACUUGUGGAAAAGGGUCGAGAUAAGGAAUUAACAAAGGAGGAAAUGAAAAAGGCAAUGGAGGCAGUAGCAUAUGGAUGUAUAAAAUACAAUGAUCUAUCUCAUAAUCGUAACCAUGAGUAUAUCUUCUCCUUUGAUAGGAUGUUAGAUGACCGAGGAAACACUGCUGCCUACCUGUUGUAUGCCUACACUCGAAUAAGGUCUAUUGCUCGUACAGCCCAAGUUUCUCCUCACCAAUUAAAGGAUGCUGCAGCGAAGACAAAAAUUAUGCUUGACCAUCCAAAGGAAUUGAAGCUUGCUAAGUGCCUGCUGAGAUUCCCCGAGGUUAUUCUCAAGUGUCUUGACGAUCUCCUCAUACAUACUCUAUGUGACUUCCUGUAUGAGGUGGCUACUACCUUCUCAGAGUUCUACGACAACUGUUACUGUGUAGAGAAAGACAAAGCAGGUACAAUUGUCAAGGUGAACAUGAGUCGGAUUCUCCUUUGUGAGGCUACAGCCAGCAUCAUAGGUGCUGGAUUCCACAUCCUCAGCAUCACCCCGGUCGACAGGAUGUGAUCAACUUAUACCAGAUACCUCACUGUGUCUGUCGUCAAAGAACAUUGUUUAGAAGUGAAGGAUAUCAGAAUUGUCUGAAGUUUGAAGUCAACCAAACCUGAAACACAAUUCUUAAAUGGUUUUGGCAAAUUAUAAGAUCAUAUAAGUAAAAUUUUU